GAGGUUUUCGAUCUACUUUUGUGGUUCUUUUUAAGGGGGAAGGACGUGAGUGGAAGUCUGAAUUCCUGGAGGUGCACUUCUUUCUACUUGAAUCUCUUUUUCAGCUGUUCUUGAUGAAGAAUGGCAGGUGGUGAUAGUGUGAGUGCUUUGUGGUGGUGUUGGUUGACAACGAGAGAGAGCACGCCGGUCAGCAUUCAUGCGAUAGGGUUCCAUGACUGUGUACUGGCGUGCUCCUUCUGGUUGUCAAUCUUUUCAUCCUGCAAAGCAACGGCUUCCGGCCAUUCUCCGGGUUUGCCUACAUGAAAUGUCAAGCAUAAGGAAUGAAUCUAAGAAAUAGUAAUCACCUCAACAGUUAACCAGUACUGUUGCUUUGCACUGGCUACUUAAUGUUGAAUCAGAUUGAUAAAUUUUUUUCUUUCCUGAGUUAACACAGAUGAUCUCUCACUUGUGCUUCUGUCAUACACAUUCGUGAAAAAUUCAGCAGAAAAGAGUCAACACAUUGCGUUGUCAAAGGAUCAGCGCAACCGGGAGAGCCUUAUACAUUUGUACAAGACUUUGCAAAGUUCCUCCUCCCUAACUUGAACCUCCAUUUCAUAUCUAACUAAGCAACAUGGUUAUAAAGCUCAUUCGGAAUUUUAUGGAUUACAUGUUUCAUUGACCAGCAAGGGUAACAAUUGUUUGCCCAACCAUUUUCCAUCAUGCAAAAGUUGCUGUUUGAUACAAGCUUCACCAUGAAGGAAAGUUUUACUUUUUAACGCCAUACUGAAAUAGAUCAAAUUAUUGGAACGGGUUUGAAGCAUAGCAAACCCGACCCGGUAUGGAUUCACUACAAUGAGAGCUUAUCUACAAUGAGCAAAAGGUGUUUGAUUGAAUGUCUUUCAUCGUUUGCCAUGUUCUCUCUUCCUUCGAGUUUCGUGCUAGACCUCUCUAAUGCCCGUCUUCAUUCUUAUGAGAACUCUCCCGUCACUCGGUUUAGCUGUACCUGUGGACGUAAGCACAAUGUCAUCACUUCGGAAAGUGUUGCAGGAGAUACCAGGAAACAUGGUAGCGCCUCAUUGAUCACUGAAAGAAUCUCCGGUGCUGACAAUCCAGUCACAGGAUGUCUGCCCACUGCUAAAUUGGCUUCUGCUCCUCUGCUUCAAGCAAUGAAAAUUUCUGCAGAAAAAGAUGUAGCCUGUUUUCACUUCCCUGGUCAUAACCGAGGGAAAGCUGUUCCACAAUUAAUGUCUCAACUUAUCGGCCCAGAAACAUUUAGGUAUGACCUCUCUGCCCUUCCUGAACUCAAGGAUCUUUUCUCUCCCGAUGGAGUAAUCUCAGAUGCUCAAAAACGAGCUGCUGAAUUGUUUGGAUCAUCGGAAACUUGGUUUCUGGUGGGAGGCACCAGUUGUGGAGUCCAGGCAUCAAUUAUGGCCACUUGUUCCCCUGGUGAAACACUCAUCCUUCCAAGGAACGCACACUAUUCUGCAAUCUCUGGUCUAAUUUUAUCUGGUGCAGUACCGAAAUACAUCAUGCCAGAAUACAAUUCUCAGUGGGACAUUCCUGGCGGAAUCACUGCAUUACAGGUUGAGAAAGCCAUUGAAGAAUUGAAGGAAGACGGUAAAACAGCAGCUGCAGUUCUCAUCACUUCUCCAACUUAUCAUGGAAUUUGCAGCAAUGUGAGAGAAAUUGUAAAACUUUGCCACUCACAUAGCAUUCCAGUUAUAGUUGAUGAAGCUCAUGGUGCACAUUUCAGGUUCCAUCCUGAGUUUCCGAGCACUGCUCUUGAACAAGGUGCAGACUUAGCAGUACAAUCAACUCACAAGGUUCUCAACUCUCUGACACAAUCCUCUAUGUUGCAUAUGUCCGGCAAUCUUGUAGACAGAGACACCGUGAGCAAAUGCCUUCAAACUCUUCAAAGCUCAAGCCCGAAUUAUCUCCUUCUUGCAUCAUUGGAUGCCGCAAGAGCUCAGUUUAGUGAGAAUCCACUUGGCAUUUUCAACAAGACCAUGGAUUUAUCACUAGAAGCCAAGGGCAAGAUUAGCAGAAUACCAGGAGUCUCAAUCCUGAAUUUACCGAGCUUCACUUCAGGCUUCCCCACCAUUGAUCCUCUACGCCUCACUCUCGGUGUAUCACAGCUCCAAAUUUCAGGCUACACGGCUAAUGACAUAAUAGAACAGAAACUAAAUAUCUACUCCGAGUUACAAGGGAGCCAAUCAAUAACAUUUGCAAUCAAUUUAGGUACUCAAAGAGAGUGCAUUCAAAGACUUGUUUUCGGAAUGGAUCACAUAUCUGCUACUUUCUAUCAGAAAAGUGACCAAUUAAGAAGAAAUGCUGAUAAAGUUUGUGCACCGUUUGAUGAUAUUACGAUGAAAUUGAGUCCCAGAGAGGCUUUUUUUUCGAAGAAAAGAAAAGCCAGCAUCGGAGAAAGCUUCGAGCAGGUAUGUGGAGAGAUGGUAUGUUCAUAUCCACCUGGAAUUCCGGUUCUAAUCCCUGGUGAAGUUAUUACUGAAAAAGCGUUGUUGUAUCUUUUGGAUGUCAAGAAAAUGGGUGCUGCAAUUAGUGGAGCUGCUGAUCAUCAACUGAAUUCCAUUGUUGUUUGCAAUGUUUAGAAUGUCCGGAUUGAAUUCUCAUAUUGAUGUGAACUUAACAAUGGUUUCAUUUCUCUCUCUUGAAUUA